AUGGACCUCUUAUUUCGGGAAGGAAUUAUGACUGUUAAGCUCUCGCAGUUGAUCUCUGAGGACUUUGAUCCGUACGCCAUCCCCCGCACCACGUACGGCGCACACGAACCAGCUCUACUGCCCAAGCAACGCCUGCGCGCCUGA